AUGGCCGACACCGAGGGUGCAGGCACCUCCUCUGUAUCUGAGCCUUUGGAUCUCGUCCGUCUCUCCCUCGACGAGAUUGUCUUUGUCAAGUUGCGGGGUGACCGCGAGCUGAAGGGCCGUCUACACGCUUACGAUAGUCACUGCAACCUGGUACUAGGCGAGGUUGAGGAGACUAUCUACGUCGUUGAGGAGGACGAGAACGAGCAAGAGCACAUUCGAACAAUCAAGAAGCAGGAAGAGAUGCUGUUCGUUCGAGGUGACUCGGUCGUCCUGAUCUCGCCCCAAGCAUGA